AUGUCGGCCGUAUUUCGUGUUGCCAUUCAUUGUCUUUCUUCUGAUCAAAGCUUAGCUUUGCAUCUUGUCUAUUUGCAACGUUUGUUGCGUCCACCCUCUCCCAAUGAUUUUGUCUCCUCUUGGUUGGUGUAUGCCUUUCAAGUUUACACUGGUCAUAAGUCCAUCUUGCCGUGGUUUUGUUUUCCUGGUCUUUACCAGUCUCGUGUGUCUUCUGUGCCUGUUCUAAAACAUCUCGGAAAGAUUCUGUUGAGAUUGCCAAAGCUAGUUCCUUCCUCUGGUUGGUCUGCUAGGUGGUUUCUUGAUCUUCCCUUGUGUUCUGUACUCAGUACUGUGCCUUCUGUUCGUCCUCCCCGUGAUCCAUCAUCUCUUGAUCCUCGUUUCUUGGUGUCGGAUGUCUCUUUCUGGCAACCUGAUCUAGGUAUAGUCGAUGGUGUCACCUCUCAUCUUGCUUGGUCAUCUCGUGUUUUGCGCCCUGUUUUUCUUGCUUUGAACCGUGAUCGUGGUCCUGUCUCUCUGGUAUUCCCGCCUGUCAUGGAUAGUAAGAUAGUCUUGUCUCAAGCAGACUAUUUUACUAUGCCCCGUUCUGAUGGUGCUACCUCUUGGAUGCCAGAUUGUACACAUUGGACAGUCUCCAACUCGUCUCGUUCCGCUGCUCGGGUAGCUCGUCUCUCUCUUGGUGCUUUGCGAAGGUAUUGGCACCCUGCAAAGGGUACCAUUACCUCUCGUAUGGGUCCACCCUUGAAGUUGCCUGCUCAUUUGUUGCUGUCUCCUGCUUCGUGGCGUCUUUUCUGGUCCCUGGAAAUGCCUGCAAAGGCUUUCACACCUUGGUGGCGAUUGCUACAUAACCGUGUCCCGCACCGCUCGUGGUGUCAUAAGAUUAUGCCUACCAAAGUUCUGUCUCCUGCUUGUGCUCUUUGCGGUUUCUCUUCAGAGGACCUCUACCAUUUCGUGGUGGGUUGCCAUGUCAAGUCAUUUUUCUGGCAGGAUGUAGUCUCUCUGUUGUCACUUCAAGAGCUACUCCCCUCUGCUUCUUCUAUUUGGUUGGCGCUGACUACCUUUUGUAGUGGUUCAGAUUUGUUGGUGAUCGAUGAGGAUGUUCUGAUUGCUCUUGGUGCUGCUUACAGUACACUUUGGAAGUAUCAUUGGCGAUGCGUCAUAGACGAGGAGCCUUGGAUAGCUUCUGCUGCUAUCAAUAUGGUCCGUCAAGACCAUGGUACUCUCUUUUCUUCUCUUCCUUUGGCAAGUGUUUAA